GUCCCAAACAAAGUGUCACAAAGAGCUCGGCCGGCGGCAGCGGCGGAGGCGGCUGCAACUCAGCUUUUGUUCUCCCGGCCCGGGUAGCUGAGCCCUGGCCUCCCAGUCUCCCAACCCUGCCCCCCCCCCAUCAUCCUUCUAGCUUAUCUUCCCCGGGAGGGGACUGGGGUGCUGCUGGAAGAAUCUCUUGUGCAGGAUCACAGGUCCUGCCCUACUUGCCAACCUACUUCUGGGAGGGAGAUUUUCCCAGAGGCUCUUUUGCCCACCCCCCCACCCCCUAAUCUGAGGACUGAGGCUCAUAUGGGUACUAAGGCUCUGACCUUUCUAGGUUCAGCUCCAGGUAAGGGGACUUAGGGUUGGCUCUAUGCCCCCUCCCCAAAAUCAAGGUUCUCUAGAACUUUCAGAAGAGGGGUCAAGUUGGGACAUGCCUCUGGAAUAAGAUUCACUGUGGUGGGGUGGCAGUAGGUCAGCAGGUGAACCUUCCUCUUGUCUCCUGCUGCACAUUUGGAGUCAAUGACUGAGGUGCUAUGCCCCCAAAUCAGGACAGUGAGGAUGGAGGGAAGGAAGCUUUAGCAAGGACUCAACGUAAAAGAUGGGCAUGCUGUGAUGUGGGGUCAAUUUAGAGGAAUUCCCUGAGCAGUAAGGUUCAGAAGGCCAUGGAGAGGAGACCAUAAAAGUGAGCUACUGGCAUGUGGUUGUGUGAUAAAAGUGAUCUUGACUCUAGACCCCCUAAGAAGCUCUCUUUCUUUCUAACGUCAUCUAGUGUAGUGUUAAUCAUACUUGGUAGUGGACUUCGGAGGUGUAGGGUUCUCAACAGAGGGAAAAACAUCAAGUAUUAGAAAUGAACAAUGACAGAGGCUUAGUUACAACUAUACCUCAGAAAUCCUGAAUCCUUACCCCUUACACUCUGACUCUAAAAACUUUUGAACCACAGACUUGAAGGACAAUCUUCUAGGUCCUUCAGUCAGCAGAUGCUUCUUCGUACCUGACCUUGUUUCUAAGACUCCUCUCACCAACCAUUCCAUUCUUCCCUAACUCGGUUAAGGUUUGAUGGUCCACAUCCCCCUUCCCCACCAGCUUUCCUAGCACAUAAAAAUAAUUGGCCUGUUACUUUAGAAGGAAUUAUGAUCCCUAGCCCUAGCCCUAUAUCCCUAUAGAACCCAAAUAAGGUCCAGAUAACCCCUGAUUCCCAGUGGGAGUGGAAAGUAGGUCAGUACUACUGUCUGGCCAAAUCUCGUGGAUGGUGUUUAGGGCUUGACUAUAGAAAACUCUAAUUAUUGCUCACAGGCAAAACAUGCAUGAUCUGGGUUCUAAGCCAGUUCAUAGAUCUUAGACCCUGUCAGUGCUGUCUCCUAUUGAAAACAAACAAACACAAACUCAUGGGAUCACAUGCCUGGGACCUGCUUUGGUGCGGAGAUGAUUCAGGAGGUCUUGACUGGGCCUAGGAAGGUGUCUAAGUGGGUUUUGUUGAUUUGAGGCUACCCUCUGGGGUACCCUGUUUGGGAAUUCACCUUCAAUUUGGGCCUUCUUAUGUAUCACUUUUUUUUUCUGACCUGGAAAAUGCUAUGUGCAAAGCAAGUCUUUGUUUUUGUUUUGUUUUGGAGAAGGAAACUUUGCCCUGUUCCUGCUCUACUUGCCUUAUAUAUGAGGUCAGCCUCCCAUGAGGUAUUUUGCUUGCUGUCCUACAGGCAGUUUUAGGGGCCCUAGAAUCUUCUCAGAAUCAGAAUAUGUGCCCAUAGGUUAGUCAGCUAUGACCAUGCAGUAUUCCCAGCCUCCCCCCCCUCCUCCCCCACCAUCUGCUUCCUCUGAAUAUACCAGAUUGGCUGUACACCAGGAUGUUCCGGGAAUCCCCAGGAGAGCAACAGAAUGUGAUGGACCCAAAUACGAUGCCUCAGUAACUCAUUCCAGGAUGUACAAACUGUAACUGUCAGGACACUCCUUAUAGCUAAUUAAAAUUCUUCUAGUUACAUCUAUUUUCUAUUACAUUUAUCUAUUUUCAGUGACAUCCAAAAGGCCAAAAUAAUCCCUCUGGUAUCACUGUUCCCCCGGCCCGCUUCCCCAUGGUUCCCAGAUAGGAAUUUUUAAAAAUCCUCUAGCUUUUCUCAGUGCUUUAUCUGUGGUGCUAAAAUGGCAAAUGUGGCCCUUCUAGCACUUCCUAGCUCUUUCUAUGGUACUGAGGUGGCCAAAGUGGCUCCUCUGGUAGCCCACUGCACUCUCCAUGGUACUGAAGGGAUGACCAUUUAUUUCAACAUCCCUCUGGGGUCCAGAAGAGUCCUGUGACUCAGAACCACAAAUUUUCAAGCUGGAAGGGACCAUCAGUAUAAAUUAGUUCAACCUUCUUGUUUUACAGAUGAGUAAACUGGGAGGUUAAGUGAUUUACUGAAGGUUGCAGGGCUAUUAAUAGUCAGACUGGAGCCACAAUAGCCUGUACUCCUUGGUCCUACUCUUUAAUUCACCUUUCCUGACACUACUCACUGAGUCUAGCUGGGCUCUUAGUCUCAGGAAAGGGGUUUAUUUGGAGGAUCCAGAAGAUGACCAUGGAUGCUCUUAUUUGGAACUACAGAAAUGCAAAUAUUAAAGAUGGUGGUGGAGGUUGUUUAGUGACCCUUGGAUGAGGACACUUUGCCAGUCAACCUCCUGUUCAUAAAAUUCCCUUAACCCAGAUUUCACAUGUAACAGGUACCUGCCCCUUCAUAGACUCUUAUCACAUUCAUUAAAUGUCAAAAAUUAAAGAAGGCUUGGACCUCCAGAGGCUUUUCUCUUUGCUGAUAAGCAGGGCUGACUCCUGGCCCAGUUCUCUUCUGUUAAAGAUCCUUAAGCAAAGUAAUGCUUGAGUCCUUUUCUUUCUCAGUAACCCAUUUCAGUUUCACAAUGGCUAUUGUAAGGAAGUUCUUUAUAUCUCAAAUAUUCUUUCUAUCUCAGGCAAGAAAAAUAGGUUAGGUCUACAUUCAUCUGGCCUCGACCAGACACAAUUCUAUAUGUAAGUAGGAAGUUAGGCUGGCUGACUUCUGGUUGUCCUCUCAGGCCUAUUUCUAUGAAUGUUAAUUCUGGGGUUGUUUCUAAGUCCUAAUGCUAACCUCUGCAGCUUAGAAUCAGGAGAGCCCUCCUCCCCGCCCCCCCCCCCCCAUCUUCUCAGUGCUCUUCUCCUUCCUCAGAACUGGAGCUCUGCACAUCCCAGGCCCAGGGAAUUUCAGCCUGGAGAAUUUUAACCCUUUCCUGCUCAGAGCAUGUGCUGAGCCCCUAUCUGUGCAGAUGGCCCAGCCCCGCCCCCCGUCCCUCACUCCAGCCUCUUGAGCUCAGAGCCAGUGUAAUCCUCCUCUUGUGUGAGGGAGCCUCUCCCCUGCAGAGAGGAGGAAAGCCUGCCUCGGAACAGCCCUGGACAAAGGGGCUGAGAUGCCCCAUCAAACUGCAGGCUCCAAGGUUUGAAACACGGGGAUGAAUCCUAUCCGGUAUUUGCAGUUUUUAACCCCUUCCCCAGGCCAGCAGAGCCCCUUAACUUCCACUCCUCCCCCAACUCUCUCUUCAUUCCCUCUCCCUCUGGCUCUCUCCCCCUUCAUGCCCCUCCCCCUCUGUCUGUCUCCAGACUCUCUGCUGCUGGGAGGUGUUUCUCUCCCAUGCAUGAAUGAGUCUCUGUAAUGAAUGGAAAUGAAUGGAUCAGGAAUCCAGGCGGAGGGAGGGAGAAUGAGGGGGAAAAGACAGAAAGACAGGAUGAGGGCAGAAGGAAGGACUGUGGAGUAUGGAAGGUUGUUUGGCUCGCUGGUCAGUUAGGGGUCUGAGAGCAACUAGUCCCACUUGGAUAACUGGGGAGCAUGGCAGGCCCACCCCAUUUGCUCAUCAAGCUGUAUAGUCCGACUUAAAUGAGAGAGGGGUGUAUUGUGAUGGUUUCCACCACCAGGGGGUGGUGAUGGUGGUGGUAGUUGUUGGUGGUGGUGGUGGUUAGUGGCAGAGGUGGUGGUGGUGGUGGUGGUUUGGACUAAGCAUGUAAAAUGAAUAAUUUGGGGGAAGACAGCUGGGUUAUCAGGGAGCCUGUGGGCUGGGCAAAUCAAGGAGUACAAGUUUUGAAGACAGUAGUCCCCUCCUGUCUCAGGAUACAAGGAAGGAGAAUGAAGGGAUAGGUUUCAGCUAAGAGUGCUAAGAGUAUGGGGUUGGGGGUGCCUCUUUCCACUGCUGAAAACCAGGGCUCAUCUUUUCCUCCAAAUCUGUCUCCCUUGCUUUAGCUCUUCAGCACCUGUUGCCUUCACUAGCAGCUUUUCCUCCUCCUCUUCCCUGCACUCCCAAGAACCAAAGAAUGUGAAGGGGGUCCAUGGAGGGCUCACGUCCCCGUGCCCCGGGCGGCCACUUAGCGCCCUCGCCGCCAGCAUUCGACGGCGAACUGGAUCUGCAGCGCUACUCCAACGGGCCAGGCGUGAGCGCCGGCUCUCCAGGGAUGGGAGCAGUGGGCUGGUCCGAGAGUCGCGCAGGCGAAAGGCGCUUCCCCUGCCCUGUAUGCGGGAAGCGCUUCCGCUUCAACUCUAUCCUGGCUUUGCACCUGCGGGCGCACCCGGGCGCCCAGGCCUUCCAGUGCCCGCACUGUGGCCACCGCGCAGCGCAGCGGGCCCUGCUGCGCUCUCACCUGCGCACGCACCAGCCCGAGCGCCCGCGUAGCCCGGCCGCACGCCUGUUGCUGGAGUUGGAGGAGCGCGCGCUACUGCGCGAGGCCCGGCUGGGGAGAGCCCGAAGUUCAGGGGGCAUGCAGUCCACCCCUGCCACCGAAGGCCUGGCGCGGCCCCAGGCUCCUUCGUCGUCCACUUUCCGUUGCCCUUUCUGCAAAGGCAAGUUUCGCACCGCGGCGGAGCGCGAACGCCACCUGCACAUCCUGCACAGGCCCUGGAAGUGCGGUCUGUGCAGUUUUGGCUCCAGCCAGGAGGAGGAGCUGCUGCAUCACAGCCUGACGGCCCACGGAGCUCCUGAGCGCCCCCUGGCGGCCUCCUCGGCUGCGCCCCAGCCUCAGCCUCCACCCCAACCUGAACCCAGAUCGGUCCCAGAGUCUGAGCCGGAGCCCGAACGUGAGGCAGCUCCCGCCCCCGCUCCUGCUGCUCCCGAGGACCCCCCAGCACCCCCGGAGUUCCGCUGUCAAGUGUGUGGCCAGAGCUUUACGCAGUCCUGGUUUCUCAAGGGCCACAUGCGCAAGCACAAGGCCUCCUUCGAUCACGCGUGUCCCGUGUGUGGCCGCUGCUUCAAGGAGCCCUGGUUCCUUAAGAACCACAUGAAGGUGCACGCCAGCAAGCUGGGCCCGUUGCGUGCCCCGGGUCCUGGUUCCGGGGCGGCCCGGGCCCCUCAGCCUCCUGACCUGGGCCUGCUGGCCUAUGAGCCACUGGGCCCCGCGCUCCUCUUGGCCCCAGCACCCACUCCGGCAGAGCGCCGUGAGCCUCCGAGUCUCCUGGGCUAUCUGAGCCUGCGAGCUGGCGAGGCCCGGCCCAAUGGUGAGGGCGCUGAGCCUGGGGCUGGCCGCAGCUUCGGAGGCUUCCGCCCACUGCCCUCCACUCUCCCGGCCCGGGCUCGCCGGCAUCGCGCCGAGGAGCCAGAGGAGGAAGAGGAGGUGGUGGAGGCGGAGGAGGAGACCUGGGCCCGGAGCAGGGCGUUGGGCCCUCUGGCUUCACUGCAUCCCCGCCCAGGCGAGGGGCCAGGGCACUCUGCGCCUGCCGCGGGGACCCAAGCAAGGUCCACCGCCACGCAGGGCGAGCGCCCCUACAAGUGUCCGCACUGCGACUACGCGGGCACCCAAUCCGGCUCGCUCAAGUAUCACCUGCAGCGCCACCACCGAGAGCAGAGAAGCGGAGCAGGCCCCGGACCGCCCCCGGAGCCACCGCCCCCUUCCCAGCGGGGUUCCGCACAGCCGUCGGGAGCCAAGACGGCUCCGCAGCCUGCGACCUGGGUGGAGGGCGCGGCGAACCCCCGGCCCCCUUCGAGCGCUGCGCCGGGGUCCCGUCGGAAGCCUGCCAGCCCCGGGAGGACCCUGCGCAACGGGCGAGGCGGUGAGGCCGAACCCCUGGACCUGUCCCUGCGGGCGGGGCCAGGAGGCGAGGCUGGGCCGGGGGGUGCCCUCCACCGAUGCCUCUUCUGCCCCUUCGCCACUGGAGCGCCUGAGCUCAUGGCCUUGCACCUGCAAGUGCACCACAGCCGCAGGGCUCGGGGCCGCAGGCCGCCCCAGGCCGAUGCGUCCCCGUCCUACACCCCUGUACAGUCGGGAGAGACCCCUCCCAGUCCUCCGCAGGAAGGGGAGGAGGGCCCCGGGCUGUCGAGAUCAGGAGAGGCGGGGCUGGGGGGACAGGAACGGUAGGGAGCCCUCUUAGGGGCGGUUAGCUUAGUGAGCUUACCCCGCGGGAGCGGGGGAGCGCUAGAGGUAGUUGGGUAGAGCAGCCAGCAGGGGGCAGCGUGGGACCCAUAUCCCAGCCCCAGGCGGACCAGAGGUGGAGGGGGUGGAGGGCGUAGGAGGGUGGGCGGGCGCUACCCACCCAGCCCAGGGGAGUCACAGUGCCUUAGAAGUGGCAGGGGUGAGGAUCAAAGAACGGGGUCCCAGGGCUGGCAGAGGGCUGUGUCCCUGUUGAGGAGCCGCUCUGCCAGUCUUUGCUGGUCCAUAGGCGUGAGAGUUUAUUUUUGUACAAUGGGUGGGGGUGGGGGGCACUGUACCCUUCUAGCCCCUUCAGGGGCCCUGUAGACGUCGCUAUUUUUGGUACGAUUACUGUCAUCCCUGUCGCAGAGUUGUGUCCCCAAUAAACAGGUGUCUUGAGGCACAGGGCACUGUGUCUGUCUGCCUA